AUCCUGCGCCCCGCACCUCUCACUGUGAAACUUUUGGCUGGAGAUAAAAUCGUGCCAUACGACUGCACCAGGAGCCGUGCGCGCGCGCAGACGGCAGCACCGCAGCCCCACAAAUUGUGCGCGGCGCGCGGGGCAGCGUUCACGCCCACAGAUUACCAUGCUGCUGCUACGAUGGCCAUGGGCUCUCCUCCCCACAAUAACAAUGGCGUCCAACGCCUGGCACACCGACGAAGACUGCGGCUGCCACAACCUGAAUAGUGCGUGGGGCAUCCGCACGAUGUUUGAGAGGGGCUACAACGCGUCUCUGGCCCAUCGCGCGAGCGACCUCAAACAACUGAAAGACAAAAGCAAGCAGACGAAGUCCGAGAAGAAGCUCCGGCAGGCGUUGACCUACGAGCUGUGGAGAUCUUUGAGGGCGUAUCGUUCCCAGCAAAUUUCGACGCGAGAAGCUGUGCGGAAAUCAAAUGUCGCUGCGCGUCUCUCCCCACGGCUCAAUCAUGGCCUACACGCCAUCGACGCGACGCCUGCUCGACGGCGUGCCGUUGUGGAUUCCUCACCGCUCGACGGAGCCAGCACGGCCGCGCCAUGUGCACGUGAGACACUGGUCGUUUUCCACACAGGCGAGAAGAAGCCGAGCAGGAGGUCGUAAAAAUACUAAAAGAUCCGAACAGGAACAUCCUACUCGUGCUGAACAACCGCGUGUACGUGCAUCGAGAGUUCUACGAGCGAAGUAAACACCCGGGCCACGCGGUCAUGGUGCGCGAGGCGUGCCAAUUACUGGGGUGUCCCAACGUGAUAUAUGAUUUUGCCUCCGAGACGACGGGCGGCUCCGGGUGUGAACAACGCACACUAAAGCUAGCCAUCAACAAGGAGGUGGGAUACGAGCAGUGUGGUGUAUUAGUGCCCAAUUCGUAUUUUGGCGGCGGCCACGGCAACCUCACGAUGUGGGCGUCCGAAGUGAAAGGCCAAGAUUCGAAGCUCGAACCUUUCUCCAAGCGAAAGGGCAAGGCCAUGUAUCGAGGGAGUCUGCACCCCGACCCGGAUAAUGUGUUCUCGAGCGAGCGCAUGUGUAGCGAGGUUGCAUAUGGCAACUACGCGCGCAUCAGUGCCUUUGCAGCAUCUUUGGAUCAUCCCGACGAGGUCGACGCCAAAUGUGUGGAUGGGAAGCACCACGCGUGCAAGCUGCCUCCCCCGUCGUGUGUCGGGAUUGUGUCUGACUUCAAUUCUGGACUGAAGAAAAAAGCUAGAAUUGACGGCGAGUACUUGGACGACAAGGAGUACCGGAACCACAAGUACCUGUUGAACUUGCCCGGGGCCGCAUCAGGUAGCUAUUCGAAGAACCUGAACCAUCUCUGGAGAACAGGAUCGGUAGUGAUGCAGUGGGUGCACCCCUUCGUGGAAUGGUACCAUCCGGCGCUAGAACAUGGUGUCACGCAUCUGGACGUGGCUCGGUACAGUGUCGCGGACUACGUCCGAGCCCUCGAGAGGGACCCCGAGACGGCGGAGAGACUCGGUAGCGAAGCGAGAAGGAUCCACGACACGCUGCUGUGUCCGCGGUGCCUGGCGGCUUUUCUGAAAGAAACUUUUGAGGCCGUGUCCAAACACCUGGGCCAAUCCCUAGUCUUGGAUGACGGGAAACGAAUAGCAGAGCUUUUGCGGGAGCAUGCCGAUUGUAGUACGAUGGCGGAAGUGGACGAGUACCGGGACCACCACCAUUUGCCUGCACUGUUACGUGAGGAUGAUCCCAUACACCCGUGCCGGAAAGGUGGUCCUGUUUCCAAUAAGAAUUGGAAGCGGGAUCAUCAGGCCAUGGAAGCGAGGCUGGCCUAUGCGGAGAAGUACGGCCUCGAGAAGAACAAAGGGUAAGUAGUUACUACUAG